AACGAUUCCUAUGAAAUAACCCAACCAGCGCCGCCGGUGUCAAGGUUUAAAGCGUUUCUGCCUAGCAUUUAUUCCUCUUCUGACAUCAGGCUCUCCUGCGUUCGUGUUGAACCCCUGUUCAUGACGGCGUUUCAGAGAACCUCACUGGUAAUCCUACAACUUGGUACACGCCAUACUGUCAUACAGCCACAUUCCUUACGUCUAAGGCAGUUUGCCUGCGAUCGCAGUCGUUCAUUGUCAAGACACUCAACAAGCUAAGUAUCAAGAGUGCGUGAUUUAUGUAGGGAGAAUCUGUCAGGCUUGCUUUACCAGCAAUGCUUGUUGCUUGUUCAACAUGAUUUAUAAAUCAUCUCGGUCAGUCCGAAGUGAAUACCUAUCAUGGUUUGUGCUUGUUGUGUACCUGAUUUGCAAAGGCUUCCCAGAUGAGUUCCUUUCAGACGAUUAUUGCAUGCAUCCUUUCCCUCCUCACUUAUGCCAGUACAGCCCUGGUUUCGCUGGUCAGGACUAUUCGCACAGGCUUGGGAGUCUGCGGACGCUUCUUAGCCGGCCUUCUGAGUCGUAAGUCAUGCAAAGAUAUCCCCUUGAACCAUCAGUCAUGCUUACAGUCUUCCUCAGGUACUCGGGCCCACAGGCCAGGCCCAAUAUUUGCUCAAGAUGGCACUCAAGUCGUCCCUUCUCCUGAGCCAUCACCAUCGAGUGUUAUCACAAGGGCCACAGAUGGAUCUAUACGGAUCUUCUCACCACCACGGUCACCACCUCCAUUCGAUACUAUCGAUCACAGAGACACGAUCGGCAUAGGGGAUGUAUUUCAGGUCGAAGUGGCAAAUGAAAUCGUAUAAUAUGUGUUCAACGAUACCGUUUACAUGUUAGUCACAUUGGACUUCUUGCUGGUGUGUGUUUCUAUGUUGGACGUUGUCAAUAGGCGUCAUAUGGUUCGGGGCGCAAAAAGUAGCAGUUACUGGUCAAAUUUAGUUCUGGGUUGGUGCCUUCGUUACUGCAUGCUUCUAGCGGAGCAGGCUCCGGGAUACAAGGGCUAGCAAUGAGAAGAUGAUUGUAACAAUAAAUCAUAAUCACC